AUGACCUUAUGGGCCACCAUCGCAAUACUGAUUCAUGUCCCGACCAUCAGUAUCGUGUUACAGGCACUACUCACUCUGACACUGGGCCAUAAUCUUUCCACGGGUCUCUUCAUUCGAAAUGUGCCUGCCAAUUCGAUCUUGACGUUCGCUAUUCUAAAAAGGUACCGACUCGGAUCGAGGACAGCAUUCAACCCAACUUUCGUUGCGUGGAUGUCCUCGAUGCUUCUUGAGAUUGAGUGGCUCACAUCGUACUGUCAAGAUGAUAGCAAUGGUUGGCAUAGAAUUUCCCAUUUUGCCCUGCUAUUAGGCCAGACAGGCUUCAUGCUUUGGAUUUGCCUUUACGCCGCGUACCGUACUUUACCAAUCAACGAACGUCAAAAUCAUAUACGGCGUAAAUUCCACCCUAUCGAACAGCGCAAGAUACAACGCGUGUACUUUGUAUCCUCCCCUGCAUUUGGCCCAAAAUGGCUGGUUUCGUCACUUUACCGAGCACACGAUAGAGCUGUCUUUCACUUAUGCCGUGUAGCCAUCUGGGCUACUGUGUAUGUGAGACGCCCACUUGUUCGCAAAGCUUUAAUGUUGAUAGGAAAGGGGGGAGUGGAGGUUGACGAUAAUGAUGACGAAUUCCUUACAAGCAUAACGCCCAUACUUCAGGGAAGGGAACAUGCCAAGGCCAUGGAGACAACAAGCAGAUCUUUGACGCUAUUCACGUUAGCCUACAUAGUCUUUGCCAUUACUGGGGAGACGCCUAUCGUCUUUUUUGCUAUGUUCUCAUUGUGGCAGAAGAAACAUGGAUUUGUCUGGAAUAUUGUAGAACUGGUAUGCCACUAUGCACUCGAGAUCGAUGACGAAUACUUCGAGCUGAGAAGAGUGGGCGACUCGAUCGAGCUGUCCCGGAAGCCUGUUUCAAAGCCGCAAUAUUUCUCUGGGCCUAGCUCAAACAACCAAGAACCAGAACGUAAUGUUCUCUCUCGCACAUUUGUGGGCUACACCUUUUUGACCAAGGACGAGAUUGAAGAAAAAGGGAAACACCUCGUUGCUAUCUCUCCAAGCUAUGACGCCCUUAAUUUCAAUUGUCAAGGCGUGCGAAACAACCUCUUCGAUAGGAUCUUUGACGAUCGUGCUACAUCGUUGAAUCGGAUGAACAUAGGCUGGGUGUCUGCACAUACAUGUCUAUUGCAAGGAAUAGCCCAGUGGGUUUUUGUUUGGCAGUACAACCUAAAUAUCAACACUACGACCAUCAACAUCAAAACUUCGAAGACUGUGUUGGGCAAGGCUACAGCAGCGCUUCCGCUAUUAUGGAUUGGACUUGCCGUUCUCAUACUCAUCAACAGUAUAUCUGGCAUUGUAUCGUGUGUAUCUACAUUCGAAGGAAAACGAUUUCGAUUUCGAACGACGAUACCACAGCUUUUAGCGCCAAUUUUGAUACUUCGCGCGUUGCCGGUCGUCACAAGGAAGCUCAAUAUUCUCUCACCUGUAAAACAGGUCAUAUGUUUAUUGUUGAUCUUGCGAUAUACGCUCAUGACAGUGCACUACGUCAACGUUCUUUGGUUUCGACAAAAUGAACUGGUGGAUCCUUGGUUUAAGAUUGUUCGAGGUGACAAGCUAAAGUCUGCAAACUCUGCUCUACUCACUAAUGUUAAUUACAACGAUUUCGCAUUCGAUCCAAUUCGGGAAAGGUGGAUAUCGCGGUAG